AUUACUUCUCAUACGUCCGGGGUGUAAAAACAAGAAAAAGAUAAGAAGAUAGAAAGGUGAUAUUGAUAACAGCCCAACUACAUUCGGGAAGCACGGCCAUCAAACAGCCUCGUCUUCCCGUUAGCACGACUGCGACACUAGCCGGCUAAUCAAGCCCAGCAAACCCAAGUGUCUGCACCCAAGCAGUUUCUUCGUCUGGCAGCAGGGAAAGGAGUUGCCACUUGAAGACAGUGGGGCUCUCUGAUGAUCCCCCUGUUCAUCCGAUGAACCCCAUCAACUCCAUGAAACCCUCCCUACCUCCCACUCCACAAAGCAGUGACAGCCCCUUCUUAAAUGACCCAGUCUCCUGGCAACCAGGUACCAAUCAGCACGCAGGAUCUCUCUCAGUAGUAACCACUGUGUGGGGCGUGACCAAUCCCACACACAGCCAGGUGUUUGGCUCACCCAUGGGUCCAGGUGAGAGCUCUGGCAGUCACAUGAUGGCUGGUGGCCGCCCUGGUAUGGGUGCUGGCAUGGCCUCCCAGUUCAUGGGACAACAGUCUUAUGAAGACGCUGUAUCUAAAGGCUACGGCCAUCCAGUCAUGUAUGGACGCCCUAGCACCGCCUACAACCCAUCCUCAGCCUAUGGUGGAAGUUACUCUGGUAACAGUGGAGGUGCCGGUCUCGGCGUGCGUCCUCCCUCAGACUUCACUCAGGCUGCAGCUGCUGCUGUCGCCGCUGCAACAGCAACUGCCACUGCCACAGCAACUGUUGCAGCAAUACAGGAAAAACAGAACCAGGAGCUGAGUUAUGGACAGAUGUGCGGAGCAUCCACUUACAGCACCCAGUUCUUGUCACAUUCAGGCCCCCGCGGCACUCCAGUAAUGAACCCUGCUGGGAUGGUCCAUUCCAGGAUUGGAACUCCCCUCUCAACCGGGGGCUUGUAUGCGUCUCACCCCGCACAGGCGCAGAAGAUGGUCCAGCACGGGGGCUAUUCUGGUGGACAGCAGGGGCUUAAACGGCCUUUCCAUUCAGAGGGUUUUCCUGUGCAGCAAUAUGGCUCUGGUGGGAUGUCAGGGUACCCCAACCAGCCUCUGCAGUACCCAGCUGGCCCACAGCAGAAAUGUGCCCCCUCACCCUCUUACUCCUCCAGCAGGAUGCCUUUAAUGGGACAGUACACUUCUGGAUCACACAACCCAGCACAGUACCCCCCUGGAGCAGGCCAGCCCAAUCCUCCACAGUAUUAUAAAUCAGAGCCUUUCAGUGGUCAGGGCAGCCUGCCAUCAGCAGGCGGAUACAAUGCAUUCGCACAGGCUGCAGUGAACGGGCCAGGUCGGGGUGGAGUAAUGUCCGGGUAUCCCAGUUCACCAAUGGGAGGGAACCCCACCCCUCCAAUGACACCUGGCACCACCAUACCCCCCUAUCUAUCCCCAGGCCAGGACAUAAAACCCCCGUACCUUCCGCCAGACACCAAACCCAACAUUAGUACCCAGCAGCCCACUACAGGUAACCCCAGUGAUGACCUGCGGCUGACUUUCCCGGUACGAGAUGGUGUUGUGUUAGAGCCAUUCAGACUGGAGCACAACCUGGCCGUCAGUAACCACGCCUUCCAGCUCAGAGACUCCGUCUAUAAAACACUUAUGCUGAGACCUGACCUGGAGCUGCAGUUUAAGUGCUACCACCACGAGGACAGACAAAUGAACACUAACUGGCCCGCCUCUGUACAAGUGAGUGUCAAUGCAACCCCUCUGUCCAUUGAAAGAGGGGACAACAAAACCUCCCACAAGCCUCUAUACCUAAAGCAAGUGUGUCAGCCAGGUCGUAACACAGUACAAAUCACCGUAACAGCCUGCUGUUGUUCCCACUUGUUUGUAUUACAGCUGGUCCACCGGCCCUCUGUCAGGUCUGUCCUGCAGGGUUUGAUGAAAAAGAGACUGCUGCCUGCUGAGCACUGCAUCACAAAGAUAAAGAGAAAUUUCAGCAGUGGAACGAUCCCCGGGACCCCCGGUCUGAACGGUGAGGACGGUGUGGAGCAGACGGCAAUCAAAGUUUCUCUCAAAUGCCCGAUAACGUUCAAACGAAUCCAGCUGCCGGCCAGAGGUCAUGACUGCAGACACAUUCAGUGUUUUGACCUGGAGUCCUAUUUGCAACUUAAUUGUGAAAGAGGGACCUGGAGAUGUCCUGUGUGCAAUAAAACAGCUUUGCUAGAGGGGCUGGAGGUCGACCAGUACAUGCUCGGAAUUCUCAUCUACAUUCAGAACUCUGACUAUGAGGAGAUCACCAUAGACCCGGUGUGCGGUUGGAGGCCAGUGCCUGUCAAACCAGACCUUCACAUAAAGGAGGAGCCUGACGGCCCGGUAUUGAAACGCUGUCGCACAGUCAGCCCGAGUCACAUGGUCCUGCCCAACGUCAUGGAAAUGAUCGCUGCCCUGGGCCCAGCGUCCUCUCCCUACCAGACUCUGACAGCAGGAGGCAGAAGCACCCCCGACUACAACAGGCCAGGGAGCCAGGGAUUCUCCAGCCAAACAGGGUUCACAGAUUUCCCCAGUACUCCAGGCACCCCGACACUAGGAGAGUAUGCCUCUGCUUCUGGACCACCUCCUCCACUCCCCUAUCAGUCGGACCAGGCACCUCAUGCUGGACAAAUGGAACACACCCAGCAUAUAAUGCAGCAGCACAGUUCAGGUGUUCAUGGUAACCAGGGUCUCUGUGACGCCGGCAAUUUAUUGCCGCAGCGGAACACCAAUACCCAGAACUCCCGGCUCCAGAGUGACAGCUCCUUUGCUCUUGGAGGCCCAGGAGCACCUGGAGGAGAAGGAGCCGAUCAUGCACUAGACUAAAUGUGACGCUACGAUGAUCUGAAGAUGGUCUGCAUUUGUCAAAUUUCUCUCCUGUGUUUAUUCUCGUCUUCCAGCAGCAGCAGCAGCAUCACCUUCCAGCUCCAAUUUCCUGUUUCAGGCAGUCUCUGUAGUUGCUACUGGAGAUAUUUAAGAUUUCAUUAAAAAUGAUCUAUUUAAAAAAAAUGCUUUUUCAAAAUAACAUCCCACUGGGUAAAUUGUCAGGAUUUUUUUCAAGCAUUAACAGUAGAGUUGGGAAUUGGAGGCGGUGAUUUUGGCUGCACUGGUUUCAGUAGUAAAGUUUCCAUGAAUUGAAAAUUUUGGGAUCUUUUAUUCAAAAAGUCAAAGGUGCAAGUCUGUGUAUAUAAACUCCCAAGGUACAUUUCAGCAAAAAACUUAGAUUACUUAGCUUAAACGCCUGUCCUGCUUGCUGCUAACAAUGGGCGAGAGCUAAAAAGGUGUUACGUUUUACUAUCUGCAUUAGUUUUUUUGUCUUACUGGCUUCUUUUCCAUGGCCGGUUCCACGGCUGUUGAGGCUCAUGUGUAUUGUAGUAUUUAGAGCCAUGCACCAAACCGACAGACAAGACGUGAUUAUCAGAAAUAAUUAAGAAUUGUGGUCAUAACAUGAAGCUACAGGGUUGUUAAAUUAUCCAGCAAAAUCCUUUGUUUUCGAUGUUCUGUGACAUUGAGGACAUAGUUUAAAUGAAAUGGGAACACAUAAUGGUAAACGGUGAAUCCAACUUCAUGACUCUAUACAGCAGAUGUUGGGUAAAUCCUCGCAUCUGAACAUGCAUGUGAUUCAUCGCAUGACUGUUGAAAGUUGCUUGAUAAAUGUGUUUUAUACUUCACACUCAGUGAAGAACUUUUUUUUAUUCCUAAAUCUUCUUUUGUUUAACCUAAAUUUCAUUGGGUUUCAUGUUGUUUAUGUAGAAGGAAGACCUAAAGUACCAGUGCCAGCGAGGUGAAAAAUACACAGACACACACUUUAAAUAUCUGUGAUCUCAAUUUUUAUACAAAGGUUGUAGUAGUGUCCAUGUUGUGGUUCUUUAGAGCAGUACUUAGGGUCAAGUUUUGAUAAAUACAGGUCCUGACUUUCAGUAUCUCAAUUCAAACAUCACUGAGAUUACAGCAGAAACAAAUGAAAAAACUAUAUUUUUACUGCUAAAAAUGAGUAGUUAAAUGUAGUCCUUUUUUGUUUUUUGUUAUGAAGCUUCUUCCUGAACUGACCAACCCAGACGAGCUGCUGUCCUACCUGGGGCCCCCCGACCUGCCCAACAACAGCAGCGAUGACCUGCUGUCUCUGUUUGAGAACAACUGAAGACCUUCAGUUUUUCACACCGGUCACUUUCCAGUCCAGCUCAGCCCCCUACGUCGGAAAAAGACUGCACCAUCUCUGUUGGGACCCACUUGGGGGUGUGUGUGUGUGUGUGUGUGUGUGUGUGUGUGUGUGUGUGUGUGCGUGUGCGUGUGCGUGUGCGCGCGCGUGUGACAAACAUACUGUAAAUGGUGUGUCAUGGCCUUUUCUGCCAUUUGAAAGCUAUUUGUAUGUUUUUAAAUUGUUUCAAUGUAUAACCCAUCAGCUGUCAGCUGACAUGAAAUAAGGCAGUAAAAGAUGUCAAGAUCAAACUUGUUCUUAUUACCACUUUUUAAAACUGAUGUGUUUUUUCUUCUUCUAUGAAUUCCACACAAGGCGACAAUAAAUUAUGUCACUUGAAAAUUUCAGCAACACAAUAAUAUUAUAUUUGGAAAUUAUGGACUAUUUAACAGCAAAUUUAUGAGUAGAAAAAGUUUUUAAUUUGUAAACUAUUACAUUUAACAUAUUUUGUAACUCAUUGUAAUUGCCAUUAUUUUUUAUUUAUUUUUAGUUAUAAUCGUCGUCGUUACAUUGUCUCUUUCCUGGAAGUCAGAAUCACAAUUAAAAAUCACAUUAUUUGAGGAAU